CUCCCGUCCCUAAUAGACAUUUCAUAACCAGACCGCCGGGUUUCUCUUCAUUGAACGAAAACAUUGGCAAAUCCUAACUGAAAUGAGGCUGACGAAAACCCUGUGUGCCCAGCAUCUUGGAUGGCACUUCAAGAAGCACUGGCUGGUCCAGGGAAAGCGGGUCCCCAAGGAAACGGGCGCUGCCGCCGAGCUCCUGAAACGGGGUGUUCAGGUGAAGAAUCCAGAGGAUCUAUUGAACGCCAAAGUUGAGAGGAAACUAGUGGACAUCGUUGGCACCCGCGAGAAGACGAUUCUCGAGGACACCAAGCACGCCGACUGGCACUCUACCGUUUGCCACUCCUUCUCCGACAACAGCGUGCUGAUUGGCGGUUUGCCACAGGCCCAGGUGCUGACCAACUGCAUCGAGAUCCCGACCUUUCCCAAGCAAAUCGAGGAUGCCAUCGCCAGCCAGCAGUUGCCCAAGACCAUAGACAAGAGUAUCCGUCAUGCCAUUCUGGCAUCCCACGUGCUCGAUGCGGAGCAAGUUAAGCUACCCAAGGUGAGGGUGCCGGAGAGGCCGCGAUUCAACUUGCCACGCUCCUACGGAAUUUCCCACGAAAGGGUCAAUCGCCUGCUGGUUAACAAACUUCUGCAUGAAACCGAAAAAUUAGCCGGCCGUUCAGUCUCCAUACGUAAAAGGUUUAUAGACAACGCCACCUUCAAGACCUCUUUAAAUAAAGAUGGUGAUCUGCUUGGUUUCUCCAUCCAUGCUGAAAAAGUGGUUUUCGCAAAUCGCGCGAUCGAAGCUAUCAAGGGAAAAUUUGAAGGAGACCUGCCCGAUCUUUACCCUAUGAAGACCACGAUAUCGAUUCCAAAACGCCACAUUUACCAAACAGAGAACUUUUACCCCCUGCGCACGGACAUUAGCUGCUCCCAUCCACACACCAUCUUCACGGUCUUCAACAAACACCUGGUGAAAAAUUCCCAUGGAUCCGACGUGACAACUUCUCAGCUCCACGCAAGGACAUUGGUCAAAGCUUUCGUUGUGGCUGCGGCUCGAGCCAGGCAAUUACACGGGGAAUCCUUGGAGGGUGCUCUCCCCAAGCCAAUUGUCGUGCAGAGUGUCCAGACCGACGGCCGGACGUUCCACUUUGGAGUGCUGCAGCUGAACACACUCGAUCUGGGCGCCAAUAGCACUACGAAGAACUAUUGGUUCCAAAGGCAGAACUACGAUCUAUUCUCCGAAUGCUCCUACGAAGCGGGAAUAACACAUUUGGAAAACUACAAUAGCGAUGUCUUCCGCAUAUUCAAUGCAUUUUACAACAACUCCUAAAUAUAAUUGCUACUGAAUAAUAAAA